GCAAAUGAAUAUAGAACAAAACAAAACCUCUAUUAAAAAAUAAAAUGGUUUGUGUUCCGUGUUUUAUAAUUCCAGUUUUACUUUUUAUUUGGCAUAAAUUUAUUCAACCUAUUGUAUUAAGAUAUUGGAAUCCUUGGGAAAAAAAAGAUGCUGAUGGAAAUGUUAUAAAGGCAGGACCAGAGUUUCCAUUUCAAUGUAACGGAGAUCAAUGUACAUUCCUACCCAAAAAGAAAGAGAUUUGUGAUAAUACUAGUGAUAAAUUAGAUCCAUCUAAACCUAAAGUUAAAGCUGAAGAUCAAAAGAAAUGUGACUAGAAAAUUUUGUGUUUAAUAAAUUAUUUUAAUUAAAAUUUUA